AAAUUAACACCUUCUCUCCCUCACUUCCUCAUUCACUCACAAUUUCUCUUCUCUUCUAUUAUCACAUUCUUCUUCUCCCAAAAGGGUAACUUCAGAAAGUUCUGAAUUUUUGUUGCCAGUGAUGGAAAAAUUGAACUCAAAGCUGUACUUGGAGAACUGUUACAUUAUGCAAGAGAAUGAGAAACUUAGGAAGAAAGCAAAGCUUCUGAAUGAGGAGAAUCAGGUUCUGCUAUCUCAGCUGAAACAGAAGCUUUCAAAGGGUGGUAGCAGCACUCAGAAUGGCAAUGGUCCAAGCACUGCUCUUAACCUUGGUCCAAGCAAUCCAAGUUCCAACAAUUAAGAAGCUUCUAUGCCCCACUAGAUAAUAAUAAUGUGCAAAAUUUUCUCUUCCUUUUUGGUGUAAAACAAUGUUGGAAGUAGUAGUAGUUGCAUUUUCUAUUCUAUCUAGGACAAUGGUAUAGUAAUUGUUCUCUACUAAGAGAACUUUUACUAUUAUUUUCAUGUUUAAUUAUUAUUUCUUUUAUUGGGGGGGUUUAUAUAUGAAUUUCUGGAAUAUAAGGUUGUGUAUGAUCAUAUGAUGUAUUCAGUCUUAUCUGCUAGAAAGGAAUAUAAUUUUAUUUUAUGUUUA